AAAGUUUUUCCUGUUACAGACGCAUUCGGCUACCCCCUGAAACUUUUGCAAACAGAGGCGGGUCCCUUACCGAGAGAGACUCCCGGCUUUGGCUAUGUAGAAAAGUUGUCUGUUUAACUUAAAUUGGUGCUUAAAAUGAUAGUUAAACUGCUGCCUGACACUUCAGUUUGAGGCUGUUGCCAAACAGCUUUAGUAAGUAAAGACUGGAGAAGGUAGCAAACAAAUAUUGUCGCUCUUAUUUAAGAAUGGCUCUGGACCCGGUGAUUGCAGACUGGGUCAUGGAAUUUGUGCCUCCGUUUCUACGUGUCAUACAGCCUGAAGAGAUGUGGCUUUAUAAAAACCCAUACAGAGAAGCUGAUCACGUACCCACCAAGCCCAAAUUCCUCAUGAAGGUCGACCGCAGAGACACACAGGAGGCCUGUUUGGCUGCCAGCCUCGCCCUUGCCCUGAACGGGGUCUUCACAAAUGCUGUGAAACUCGUCGUGGGCAGGCCACGGCCGGAUUUCUUCUACCGCUGCUUCCCGGACGGAGUGGCCAACGCCGAGCUGGUGUGCACUGGCGACCCGACCGUGGUGACUGAGGGACGCAAGAGCUUCCCGAGCGGGCAUUCCUCCUUUGCCUUCGCUGGCCUGGCCUUCUCCGCCUUCUACCUGGCAGGAAAGCUGCACUGCUUUGCCCCCAGCGGGCGCGGAAAGUCCUGGCGCCUCUGUGCCUUCCUGUGCCCCCUGCUGGGUGCCCUCCUCGUCGCUCUGUCCCGCACCUGCGACUACAAACACCACUGGCAAGAUGUGCUGGCCGGCUCCGUGAUUGGUGCCACGUUUGCGUACCUGUGCUACCGGCAGCAUUACCCGCCCCUGACUGACCCCGAGUGCCACAAGCCGUGGCCGUCCAAACCAGCAGCAGCCCAGGAGCUAACACGGACCAGCUCCAGCUUCUGCCUGGACGUCUGAUGAUGGGAUCCACGUUGCAGGCAACGGCCCGGCCUUGCUUCAGCCUCAGGGCAGGGUGCGGCUCGGGGACCAAGGCUCUCGGCCUGCUGGGCGAGGUAGUGGAGUAAUUGCUUCCCCUGUGGAUGUGGUCAGCGGGGCUGCUCUGUCAGGCCAGCCCCGGGGAAGCUGCAGAAGUGAUCCUGCUGCUGCAGGAGGGAGGGGACAGGCUGCCUGGCUUGGGGUGAGUCCGGUGGCCACCCUGGCUGGUGCAGGAAUGAGCAGGGCAGUCAGCCCUCUCCCGGCGAGCUCACAGGAAGAGCCUUUUACCGUCCCUGCUGUGUGUGCGAGUCCCCAGCCCUGCGCGUGUGCGUUUCCAGGUGGCCCAGGGUGGGCACAGUACGUGCGGCUUGGUCCAACAGGGGGUCUGCCCCAGCAGGCCCUGAGUUGUUUUCCUGGGGAGGCACCAUGGUGGGUUUGCUCCCCCCCUUUUGUAAAUACUUUCCCGGCUGGAACCUGGCCCUCAGUCACACACAGGAUCGCUGGGUCUUCCUCAGCGCCUGCGUUCCCACCUCCUCCUGUGGCAAGGCCAAGAUCAGCCCCGUCAGGCCAGGACGCCAUCGGCCGGGCAUGACCGCCUUGUACCACAAGGGCAUUUCGCCUGUGGCCCCCUUGCAAAGAGUAACGGCUGACCUGAGGGGUGGGAGAAGACACUGAAGUGUUUCAGGGCUUGUCUCCACUUACCAGAUCGAUCUUCCGGGGUUUGAUCUAACAGGCCUAGUAAAGACCUGCCAAAUCAACCACCGAUGGUGCCUUGGGACAGCAUGCAACGGGGUUGCAAGGAGUAAGAGAAGUUGAAGGGAGAGUUUCUCCCAGCUACCUCCUUCUGCGGGGAUGCCGUGGGCACUCUACCUAAGGCACGUUGACUCCAGCUAUGCUAUUCCUGUCGCUGAAGUUGCGUAUCUCAGGUCGACUUUCUCCCCUCUGGCCUUACAUUCACUGUCAGCCUGGAAGAACAGGGCAGUGAGAUGGUGUGAUCCAUGGGCUUACUGCUUGUAAGGGGGCAGGUGUUGCUCCAGCUGUAACUGCAGCAUCUUUCUGUGUAGGAUGUUUCCCUGUGGACCUACUGAGCAAUCUGCAUUCCUGUUUCAUAGGAAAUACGUUAAUUUCAAACGCACUUUACACUGUGGUUGGAAAAAACACACAGUCCUUCAACUGCUGAUUGAGCCAUGCUAAGUCCUGGGGCAUGCGUACUGUACUGCCUGUUAAUCCAGAGUACUCAAGAGUCUGGACUCAGCCUUGUUGAAGUUUUUGGCAAGCUUGGGAAACCAACAUAGUACGGGAAUCACGUCACUUACUGGGUUGCUUACUGUCAAAUAAAGAGCUGGUUUUAAUUUGGUGAAACAAGCGAGAUUCCAUUUUGGCCCUAAAGACCAUCAGUCUUGAUGCAGCCGGCUCAUUUUACAUUGAGUAGGUCCAGUUUUGCCUGCCCUUGAUUAGCCGUUCUAGGUACGGGGUUUGCACCAAGAACAGAUGAGUCAGUAGCAAAUGACAUUUGUGUCUUCACAAAGGUUGAAAGAGGGACUGGUAAGGCAAGUGUGCUCUGACACAGGGUUUGGUUCUGUUGAAGGCUCCAGCUGUCUGAAAUCUCACCAUACAAGAAAGCAGCAGUCAUUUCUUUACAGUAACCUUCAAAAGUGCCAGCUGGACGCCACUGCUUGGCCUGUUUCAGACACAGCUGAAGGACGUACCAAGCGGGGGGGUGAGGCUUCUUUUAGAAUUGGGCAUCUCCUUGUUCUCUGCUCCUGAGGACUGGAGCAAGAUGGGAAAAGAGGCUGAAUUGUGGGCGUUUUUGAAAAACUCUUAUCCUGACAGCACAUGCUCUCCUGCUGUAAGGCAGGCGCUCUGCCUAAGGAGACCUGUCUAGUUGGUGCUGCUGCUUAGAUCUGUUUCUCCUAUGACACCUGGCCGCCAACGGCUCCUCCUGGGAAUUACACCUGCUGUACUUUGCCAUGGAGGUAGGUCCCAAAACAGUAAGUUCUCAGACUCCUGCCCCUCCCCCACAAACAGCCACUGCCGCCAGAGAUUUACGGCUGUAUUGACGGGAAAAAGACAUUAAAUAACAGUUUUAAAUGUAUUGAAA